GUGAUUAUUUUGAGCAAUACCACCCAUGCCUAUUUUCUUCUCCUACGAUACGAAGGGAAAGUAAACACUUAACUACAUCAUCAUCAUCGUCGCGCUUCUGUUAACACGAUGUCUUCAUCUAUAUUUAGAGGAGAUUCCAGGAGAUUCAACACCAACAACAAACAAAGACCACGACAUCAUUUGACUCCACAAAAGAAACAAGAGAUUAAGGAAGCUUUUGAAUUAUUCGACACCGAUGGCUCUGGUACUAUUGAUGCCAAGGAGCUUAAUGUUGCCAUGAGGGCCCUUGGAUUUGAGAUGACAGAACAGCAAAUUGAGCAAAUGAUAGCAGAUGUGGACAGAGAUGGGAGUGGAGCAAUUGACUAUGAUGAAUUUGAGCAUAUGAUGACGGCCAAAAUAGGAGAAAGGGACACUAAAGAAGAGCUCAUGAAAGCUUUCCAUAUUAUUGAUCAAGACAAAAAUGGUAAGAUAUCUGCAGCAGACAUCAAACGCAUUGCAAAAGAGCUAGGUCAAAAUUUUACAGAUAGAGAGAUUCAAGAGAUGGUUGAUGAAGCAGACCAAAAUAAUGAUCGAGAGGUUGAUCCAGAGGAGUUCAUCAUGAUGAUGAACACAACAGGCUUCCGUCACUAGUGAUAUCAGAUGAAGCUGCCUGCACUCGUGUGAUUGUGCAAAUUGUAGGAAUGAUGAAUCAAAUGUUUUAUUUUUAUAAGAAAUAUGAAUCAAUUGUUAUGAUUGUGGGUUACCUGUGAGCAUUGAUGUAUGUUGGAAUUUUGGUGUUUAAAAAUUUGUUAUUAAAUAUUGUUGAAAUAUAAGUGAAACUAUUGUGCUAUUUUUUGUAAAACUUAUUGAUAUGUGUAUAUUUUUAAAUAAAUUAUACUUCCUCCUUUCCUUUUUAA